AAGGGCUGUGUUCCCUGCUGCUGCUGUGACCCCACGUGUUUGUCCCUUGCAGGAACCCUGUACCAAAGAAUGGUCAUUUCUGAGCAAAGCCUCUGCAGUGAUCCCUAUCCUUACCAGGACAAGAUUUUCAUCUUUGCUGACCCCGAGCUGCUGCCCCAGGCCAUCUGCCACGCUCUGCUCAGUGACACUGAGGCGGCCCAGGUGUCCCAGAGCCGCCGGGGCUGCAUGAGCUGCGUGGUCACCCACACCCUGCAGGCGGCCCUGGGGGACACCUGCGACAUCCACGGCCUCAGRGCCCGGCUCCAGACACUCCCUGAUGGCUCUGUKUGUGACAGCAGGGGCCUCAUGGGCUCACAUCCAGCCAGGAGUACCAGGCUGGGAGGGCCCAGGGGCUGCCUCAGGCAGCRCUCAGCACUGGGAGUUUGUGCUCCUGUGUGGGAAAUGCUCCCGUGUGCUCCAAGCAUCCUUCUUUUCCCAGGGAAUGCUCCCCAGGAGGGGCUGCAGGGGACCCCUCUGCCCAAGCCCAACAUCAGCUUCCACCUGUGGACAGAAGCUGAGCAGCUCUGGAAGGAGCUGGUGCUGUUCCUCCGGCCGCUGUCGCAGAGCUGCGAGCCCGAGUGCCUGAGGCAGGAGCUGGAGCCCCCGGAGGUGCAGGAGAUGCUGUCGGACUGUGAGUGCUGCGAGCAGAGCCGCUGCUCCGUGCUCUCCACCGACAGCGGCAUCGAGCGGGACCUGCCCGCGGCGGCGGAGGAGCCGUGCGCGGCGGACACCGAGCACUCCCGGCUCCACAGGAAGGGCGGCAUCAAGAAGAAGCCGUCGCCGCUGGACGGUGUGGCCUUCCUGCAGGCUGGCAGCGGUGGCGCCGGGGGGAAGCCCCCCGGGAGGACGGGGAUGUCCCCCGAGCCCGCGGCCCCGCUGCAGAGGCUGCACACCGCCCGCGUGGUGCUGCUGGGGGAUGAUCGCAUCCUGGGCCGCCUGGCACAAGCCUAYCACUCGCUCAGGAAACGGGAAACCCGGCGAGUGUUCCUGACGCCCCGGCUGAACCUGCAGUUCUACCACAUCCCCGUGGUGCCCGGGCACCCAAACCCCUCUGGGGCUGUUGGGGACCCCACUGGCCCCGAGGAGCUGUGUGAGGUGGCCCGGUACCUGGGCAGGGCUGACCCCUGGUACGAGAGCAACAUCAACACCCUGUGCCACGUCAUUCCCAAGCUGGCCACCAUGCCGUCAUCACCCAGCAGGGCCCUGGUGACCGAUCUGUUCCUCACCGAUGUCAUCGCCUACUACACCCGCAUGGGCACCCAGCCUGUCUGCUUCCAGGUGCACGCCGUCAAGGUGCUGUUCCGGGACCCGGCGCAGGAGCCAGCUGAGGAUGUGUUCCUGACAGAGCUGCUGGCACAGGUGCAGGACAGCCCCUCCMACAGAGAGCUGAGCACAGCCAAGAAGAGAAGCACCCUGGAUGGCCCUGGUAUUGACCUCACAGUGACCUACAGGAAGGUCGUGCUGAGUGACCGGCAGAAGGAGCUGGCCCUGGCCCUGCGCUCCACGGGCCUGCUGAUGAAGGCCAUCCCUGCUGAGGAGGCUGAAGAGCUGGGCUGUCUGAGCGUGACCAUCACUGAGAUCAUCAGGAUCAACAACUUGGCGGGACGGUCCUUCUCCGCUGUAGCACACAGGUUGAAAACACAGAAUAUCAAGAUCRGGAGCCCAGAGCAGAGACCCUUCACGGUGCGGCUGGACAAGGACAGCAGGAGAACCUACAGGGAUGUGAUCAGCCUGGAGGUGUCCCCCUGCCUCGAGCCCAGCUACUGCCUGCAGAAGACAAGGACCAUGAAACUGAGCCUUCCCCAAGCAGAAGAUGUGGGGCUCGUGAAAUACCUGCCCAAGUCUCUGCUGCUGCCCAUCAACACUUUYGCAGGAGUCAUCCAGUGAAGGAAASRGGAAAAUGCUGCUGUGAGAGUCAUGAUGCUGGGUCAUCACCGAGGACAUAGCAGGAGAAAACACUGAAAGCCACCAGUUGUGAMAUUCAAUGGCAGUGGGGUGAAGAGCUGCCCCAGCAGAGGUGGAUAAGUGACCACUCAGGUGACAGUGUGACCAUGGYUAACAGCCCCUGCCAAAGGGCACGGCCAUGUUCAGAACAGACCUUUAACCUUUGCACAAGCCAGGGAAAAGCUUUGAGCUUCUCCUUUUGGGAAGGCUGAGGAAAUCCAUGUGAGGUGGUGCUGCCUGUGAUGGGGAUCCCUGGGCAGUUGCCAGCAGCAACAUUUAUUUUGGAGAUGUCUUACAGCCCUUUGGAUUCUGCACAGAAAACUCCUCAUUCUGGCCCAGGGGACACAUUUGGGAAAACCAGCCCGAAUUCCCCAGUCUGGUUUAGGACAGUUUAUGGUAUCCCUGCCCUCACAGGGAGAACAUGUGUGUUCAGUGCAGCUGCUGUGGAAAUCAGUGGGAAAGCUGUUGUUGUUCCAAGGGGCUACAUGGAAUAACUAGAGACAGUGUGAAACAGGGCCAGGGAAAUGUGAUGCAAUGUUGGCAGCGAGGAGCAGGGCAAGAACCAGCCAGGCUGUGCUGUGGGGUGUGUUUGGCUGUGGAUGGUUCUGUUGGGAGAAGGAUCCUCCAUGGAGCUGCACAGCAGCUCUGUGACAUCUGAGCUGUGCUGAGAGCACCUGCGAUUUCACAGUGGCUUUACUGCACUACAUCAGGACACAUCAGCUGGAGCCCCAGGAGCACUGGUGCCAUCACCCUGAUUGUACAUCCCAGAACAACCCCAACAGCCCCAGCUGGACUGGAGGUUCUCCAGCAGUGCCUCUGUGCCCAGCCUGCCCGGCCAUGCUGGUUUGGGCUGGGCAGGUAAGGGAUGCAGCAGAGUGGAGAGUGCUCUGGGGAUCGAUGGAUGGGCAGGAGGCUAAAAGGCUUUCCUGUUCUUUCCUCUGUUGCUCCCAUGGUGAGGAAACCCUGCCCUGGUUUACAGAGGGGCCAGGCUGGGCAGUGACAGUGACAGUGACAGCGACAGUGACAGUGACAGUGACAGUGACAGUGACAGCACAGCUCCUGCCUGCAGCAGCUCAGAGUGACCAUGGUCAUGAAAAGGACCCUGCCUUCA